UGUGAUACAAGGAUGCCUGGUACCAUCACCUGACCCCAGCUGUCCCACGGUGCCCCAGUUAUCCAUGUUGGUCCAGAUGAUGAACCUGAGGAUACAGGGACCCCCGGCUAACUGGACCACUUCCACCGUCAUAUCCAUGGGAGGCGUCAACCUCAUACCUACUUACGCUAUUCCUUACCUCAGUAACAAACUUAUUCUCAACGCCUUGCCCGAUAUUGCUAAGGUACCAGUAAAAGCACCUAUGUACAUUACGUGUGAGAAAUGGAAGCAGGCGGUGUGUCGCGCCUACCAGUGUUCUAACAUGGACGCCAUGACGACCAAGAACUGGUAUGGUAACCUGGGCACGCUGCAGGCGUGUGUGGGUCCGUCAGAUAUCUCCAGCGCUGCUCUCACAGACCCAACCCUCAAGCUUGCUACUUACAACGCUUCCAUAAUGAGAGGCAAAGAUAUCAACCCACAGGAUGCCAGCAUCAUCUUACAAGACUUCUUCACCAACAAGACUGUGGACAGCAUCACCACGGCAGACGUCAACUCACUGGGAGGGCCCCUCAUGAUGCGAGCUCCAGCCUGCUACAUUAAGAGUGCUGCUGACCGCUCCCUCCUCACCACAGUUCUACCUAACAUGGACUCCAGCGUCCUGCUGGUCAAGGGACCAGAGUUCCCAGCUAAGACCAGAGCACUGAUGCAAGCCAACAUGAAGACUGCCCUUGUGAGCGGAGUGUUCACCUCAGGGCAGAUCCUGAGCUCGUUGAAGGUGCAGAUCAAUCCCUCGCUCCUCAAGGACCAGAGUACCACCAUUCUCAAGCAGAUUGUCGACUUUGCCUACCAGAAGCGAGCAUACCUCUCCACUUUCCAGAUUGACACUAUCCUCUCCAAGCUGUCUGCCAGUGACCUGGCACCUUACCCACCAUUCUUCAGAGAGUACGCCUCUACUGUCAAGAUUGGAAAUCUGAACCUGUAUGCCAUGGUGGUGCUCGCCAAGAAUAUGUCAUCAUUCUCUCUUCCCUGCCUGCGGGGUGCCAACAUGACAUUCGGUGGCAUGUAUAACAUUUCCGUUGACGAGAUCAACAGUGGCAUGGAGUUCCUGCGGUGUAUGAGUGCCGUUGACGCCCAGAAAGUGUCUCCAGACGAUCUCUUCAACGUCUUCGAGGCUAUCAAGGCCACCGGGAAGCCUCUGUCCAUGUCAGCGUGUCGUGUGUUUAGAGACAUGUUGGUGGAGUGGGCAGCCACUAACCUACCCAGCAACCUCACCUCACUCCAAGAUGUGGCUUCACAGCUGUUCCUUCAGGAUGUGACAGUAGUGCCUCCUUGUGUCUUGGUUGACCUGGGGGAUGCCGCACUGAAGGUCAUGACCAAGCAGAUGAAGAAGGUGGCGUUGAUGCAGCUAUGUAAGAUGAACUCUGGUCUCUCCAGCAUCCCACAAGACAAGCGUCGGAACUUCAUCAACAGUAUCGUUAAUGACAUGAUGAGCGUGCCGGGAGCCAAGAUAGGCAUAUGUGAGUUAGACAUGCUGGGAAGCUGCGUCUUCGAUCUCACGCCACAAAACCUCAGGAUGAUGAACGAACCAGCUACCAUGGAGUUCAUUAAACGUCUCCAGAUGAGUUUCAUGAGCCCUGUACCUCCCUGUCUGGAUGUAACUCAGAAACAGCAAAUUGGUCAGAUGAUUAUCACCGUCAUGGGACCACCGGCGACCUGGAAGGAUGCAAGUGACAUCAGCUGUCUCCUGGACACACUGUCCAGCACCUCCUUGAUGUCCAUCCCUCCUGAAGUCUUCACUUCCGUCAACUGCAAACCUUUGACAACCCACUUCGAGGAUGGUCAGCCGGAUAUGUGUAAGACCAACGCCAAGGCGUCGUACAAGAAGAUGAGUGAGAUGCAGGCGUCGAAGUGCAUCAACUUGAGGAACACAGUGGGUUCAGGCACCAAUUGUGACAAAAUCCUGUGCAAUGGCCUGGCUGUCAUGACCUCUGCUGAUAUCAAUAGCCUACAGCUGCAGGAUGUCUAUGACAACCUCGCUGACCUCGCAGCCCAGGAGAUGACCAUGGCCCAAGCCCAGGCUCUGUUAACGAAAGUCAGACAGUUAAGCAGCCAAGGCAACCUGACCACGGAUAACCUUAACAACCUGGGUUACAUCUACCAGGCCUUCACCGCCAAUGAUAUGGCCAACCUCAACUGGACCAACCCGAGAGCCAAGUCAAUGAUCUACCAGAUUGGUAGAAUGAAAAUGAUGCCUGACGAUGUGAUGACAGCCGCCAAGGACCAGAUCCUGUCACUGUACCAGACUCCCCCCAACAUGAACUCUCAGGACCUGAUGUUACUGGGUCAGAUAAUCUGUGUCUUCACCCAGAGUCAGAUUAAUAACAUCCCCGUCAGUGCCUUCCUAGGAGCCAUGAGGUACCUGGGAAUACUGAACUGCAACAACAAGAAUGGCACUGUCUACCUGGCACAGAUGGCCCUCGCUGCUUACAAGAGUGACAACAGAGACCUGCCUUACUGGGAUGGUGCCACGAUGAGUGAGAUGGGUCUCCUGAUGGGCGGACUUGGACCGGAGCAACUGACUGCCAUCCCUCCCCAGGCCUACUCUGGACUCACCUCGGCUGGUGUCAAGUCCAUCGCACCGGGGGCCCUCAAGGCACUGAAGGUGGCACAGAUCCAGAACUUGAGUCCAUCUACUGCCGCUGCCAUCACCCCGGACCAGAUGGCACAGUUCAACACUGAGAUGAUGGUGGCACUGAAUAGAGUACUGCCAUCUACUUCCCCAAGGAGCAGUGCCACUAGUCACUGUAUAUCCGGGUUCCUGGGAGGGUUGUCACUGUUGCUGGCACUGUUGCUGGCUUAGACAACUGCCAACACCCGCUACUCAACACCCGCACAGACACCGAAGGAUAACACGGGAGGUCCCCGACUUGUGGACGCCUCAAGUUAAACCCGCGUCAACACGAUAUCAGAAAUCAAUUAACUGUUUUUUCACGACUGACGAUCAGUGUUUAAACAUUCGUAAAUCAUUUACAGUUGUUUUGGUGCGACUGUUUGUAAGUUAGGUUGAAAAUGGGAUGAAAUACCGACUAGUUGAAUUGGGUAUCUUCAGUCAAAUACAGAGGCAGCAGGUGUAGUAGUAGUAGUAGUGGACUGGAGAGAAAGUAGUCAGUCCCUCAGCCUGGAAAAAUGAGGUGGUCAGUCCCUCAGUCUGGAGAUAUGAGGUGGUCAGUCCCUCAGCCUGGAGAAAUGAGGUGGUCAGUCCCUCAGCCUGGGGAUAUGAGAUGGUCAGUCCCUCAGCCUGGAGAUAUGAGAUGGUCAGUCCCUCAGCCUGGAGAUAUGAGAUGGUCAGUCCCUCAGCCUGGAGAUAUGAGAUGGUCAGUCCCUCAGCCUGGAGAAGAGUUGAGUUCCAUGGAGGUCAACUCUUCUCCAGACUGAGGGACUAAUUACAUAAUCCUCAAUUCACUACUACACCUGCUGCCUCUGUAUCUGACUGAAGAAGUGUACUGUGUGGCAUCAAGAAAGACACACACGUGUGGCACAUGUGUCUUUAUCUGACAGUGUCAACACCAGCCACACAUCUGACUCACUCAACCUCACAUAUACACCGUCCUUAAGUAAAGGACACAAGUG